AUGGCUAACACACCAGUAUGGGGCACUACGCGUUUGGGGAAUUUUUCAGUAAAGUCGGCUACAUGGAUAGCACAUAAUUUAGAGCCAAAUGCUGUAAAAUGGCCACAUCGUUGGAUAUGGAAACUAGACAUCCCGCCUAAACUCCAAAUUUUCUUAUGGCAAAUAAUGCAUAAUAGUGUUGGAGUUAGAGACACCCUUUAUAAAAAAAAGAUUAUUCCUUUCAAUCAUUGCUCCUUUUGUUGCACUUAUCCGGAAUCUCAUGAUCACUUAUUUCUUACUGGUGAUAGGGCCAAAGAAAUUUGGAACCACGUUUUAACCCAAAGCUGGUUGCCUGGUGCACUUCCACCCAUAGACUUAAUAACAACAUUAUCUACGCUUCGGAAAAACACCUCCCUCCGAAAGUUUAUCAUCCUUUUAUGGAGUAUCUGGAAAGAACGAAACUCUAUUAUUUUCAAGAAUGAGACUUUUGACAUCCCUAGAACCUUCCACCGAGCGCAAUUUGCGUUCAAAGAGUGGAAUUAUUGCAUUUUCAUAGAUACCUCUUUAAGCUUGGGGUCUCCAAUGCAAAGAUCCCAAACCCAUUCCACAACCCACAAUUAG